GAUGGUGCUUUUUAAGGCGUUCUCCUGCCUUUAAAUUCGCCCCCGUGUGGUCGGUAGGUAGCAGAGAACUCGAGGCGGCUUUGUUUACCCCUUGUGGCGUGCGGAGGACAAUGUCAGCUCCAGAGUUUCUAUAUAAAAAGCACUUAAUCAACAGCAGUUUGAUUCACAGACAUAGCUGCUUUUGUAUGGAAAGCAUCCUAAUUUUAUUGUUUAAUUUUUUUGUUGAGGGGCCGGCGUUAGGACGUCAAGGAUAUGCUAAUACACUGCCAAGUCACUUCUCGCUGCGGCUGCGGGCAGGAUAUAUAAAGUAUGCAGCGUAUUUGAAACAAAUCGUUACUAUGUGAUUUGUGAUUGCAUUCAAAGCCCAUAAAGGUCUUUCACACACACACUUUCCAAACUGCACCCAAACGUGGAAGUGGGAAGGGCCGUGGAAUUUCACUUCUGUCCCGAUUGGCUAAACCCUGGUCCCUAGACCCAAGGGCGCUAGCUGGGCUCCAAAGAGCGACUCCCACCUCGUCCUUAGUAACCGGCGAGGCUUCUCGGCGCCCCAGCAGGGUCUAGGCGGUUCUCUUCAUCAGCUUAUCAAGUAAUUAGCAUGUCAAGCAGAAGGUACAAAUUAUCUACUACUAUUAUCAGCAAAUCCAAAGAUCUUUGAGGAACACCUUCAGUGAUAUAAGAUAAUUACUCUGAACUCUAUAAGAAGACAUUAUCCCCAUUUUACAAGUAAGGAAACAGGCUCAAAGCACGUUUAUGAUCUGUAAAUAUGCCUGUUAACAAAUCAUCUGCAAUUAAUAAGUUUGGAGGAAUAUCUUCUCCUUAUCGUGAGGAACUCUUGAAAUUUAAUUUUCAGAACUCAAGUAAAAAUAAGAGUCAUAAAUCAAGGUCAUUAUUAUUAAUUAGAGAAAAGUUCAUCUUGAAAUUCAAUCAAACACAGAAUCCAGUAGAGAAGAAAGAACUAUUGGAACAAGCGAGAAAAAACAUUCUCAGAUGUAAGAGAAAAUUGGGUCUCAGUUCCUUGGGUUGUGGGAAGCAUGUGCAUCUUCCUUUUGCAUGGACUGAAGUAAUAUAUCUGGCGCAAUGCAAAGGAGAAAUCCAAGAUGAAUCAGUUUUAUAUAGACUCUGUUGUGAUGCAUUCCUGAAGGACUUUUUAUAUUCUGUUGAGAUAAAGCUGACAAAGAUUGGAUAUUUGAUCUUCUUACGACUUUUUAUAUUUUUCCUCCAUGGUCAACUAGCAAAUUUUAAAGGACAUUUACUUAGGCUUCAACCGUAUUCAUAUGCACUUUUUUCCUCUGGAGAGUCAUAUCGCAAGUAUCCAAACAUCUUUUCAAAUAUCCAGUUCAUCCUGAAAACGUUAGAAAUUAUAUGCGAAAGAGAACUCCUUUCUGAAUCAGGUUUUAGCACUGGGGAAAAUAAGGAAGGAUUUGAGGACAAAGAUUCUGAUAUGGCACACUUGCAAUGUAAUCAUGGAAGCUAUGAAGUUAACCCCCUGCUCUGGCAUUGUGUUGCUUGUUGGUUUUGUGUUCAGAGUAAUAGUCCUCAGCUGAGUAGUGUGCUUGAGCAUCUCAUCUUGCAUAAAAUGCAGCUUCAGAAGAAAUGCUGGUUGGAUUUGGUACUGGCCUUGCUGGUCCUUGGGGAAGCUGCCAAACUAAAUAUGGCCUGCUUGAAAACUUUCAUGGACCUAAUGAGAGAUUUUCUUUUAAGCAUUAUGUCUGUUGAGAAACAGAAGGAAAGGUGCACGGGAGAUGAUCUCUCCUGGGCCUGGAGUGUAGUUCAUACAUACACAACGAUCAUUGCAGAGGUCUGUUUGUAUGCGGCCACAUCAGAUUUGCGGAAAACUGCCUUUCUUGGUCUCUGUGGAUGUAAACGUCCACAAAAAAAUAUUUUACUCAUUGACAAAUCGGAAGAGCCAGAAUUACAGGAAACAAGUAUUUUAAGUCUUUUGGAAUUCUUCUCUUCAAAAAUAUCAGAUAAUUGUGAUCAAUUGGUCUGGAUCGGAUACUACGGCUUAGUGUAUAACCUGGUGAAAAUGUCCUGGGAACUUCAGGGGGAUGUGGAACAGGAUGGACUUGGAAACAUGAUUUGGCAAACAUUACAAAAAACAAAGGAUUAUGAGAAAGAUGGACGGAUCCUAAAUGGAAUAAAUAUUGCCCAGGCUGAGUUAAAUGACCGAACUGAUCCUUUCACUAGAUACAGUACAAAAGUUCCAUCAAAUGCAAGGGAAGAGGUUUUCUCUAAAUACAUUGGGUGCAGAGUUGCCAACACACUUUCCAAACUACUGUUUCCACCUCUCGAUGUCCAUGUGCUUCCUUUGAAGAAACCAGAGGUGAAACAGGAUCAAAUGAAAUAUCUAAAUAAAAAACAGGAGUCUGUGAAGAAGAGAGUUCUACAUUCUACUGUAAGGGAACAUCCUUCUCUCUCAGAACUUCCCAUGUCUCCAUAUCUAGAUUUCUUCACCAAAGCAGAUAAAGAAUUGGCAAAAAUUAUUGACCAUCAUUGGCAGAAAGAGCUAGAGAUCCGACAAAGAGAAGUUGCAAUAUGUGAAGCCAAAGAACAGAAAGAUAAAGAGUUAGAGGAGAAAAAACACUUCCAAGAAGUUAUGAAGCAAAGAGAAGAGAAAUUGCACAAGCAUACUAAACCCUAUGAGCUUCCUCCCAGGACUGAAGUAAUUUCAUUAGAAAAGACAAUGACUCACAAAAAAACUGAUGUCUACAUGCCAUAAAUUGCUAGCAUGGAAAAGAUCAAGAUGGCUACCUAAAUACUAGAAAAAUGUUUUUGUAAUUAACUUGAGGUUCUUUUUGUUUGGAAAGUUGUUAUCCUGGUGCAAGCUGUCUAAUAGUCAUUGUUUAAUCUUACCUUAGUAGUUAACUCCAAAUCAAAUUUAAAAGAUUUCACUAGUUAUAAAUUUCCAAGACUACAGCUAGUGCUUUUCUCAAUUGAGUCUUCUCCUCUGAAGUAUAGUAUUCUUGAUCAGUCAUUCUCAGAGUGUUGAUAUUCAUUGGAUUAUAUCAUAAAAAUGAACUGAAAAUUAAUUAAUGAGUCGGUCUAUAAGAAUUGUUUUUUCAAACUAGAGUUAUCACUGUCUUAUACAUCUAUAAUUGCUAUUAUUCAAAUAAAAGAACUUAUGGUGUCUCUUU